AUGCAGAAGGAUCCCUCCCGAGUCAAUCUAUUUUGGAAGCUUUCAGUGCCGGAUUUGGGUCGCCUGGAAGAUAUCCAGCUGCCACCAGCGGCACAGUUGCUACCAAAGGUGGAAGAACCGCACGUCACUCUGCUGUUCUUCGGGGGUCGGGAUGAGAAGAAGGCCGCCCAAAAGGCUUGCUUACCCUUAGAGCAAUUUCAGAACAUGAACUCUAUCUUGGCUGAUCUGGAAGGGGAGAGUGUGUGCUUCAGCGCACAUGCCAUCUUCAUACACCCACAGGUCGUGUUUGCCAGCGUCUCUUUGCCAGACGAUCUUCCUUGCGACGGAGAUCAUCCCAACAUCAAGUUUCGCGUCUCCCCUUCAGCUGAUGGGUCCAUCGUUCGCUCGAUUUUGCAGCAACUUCAAAGGGUGCAGGAGAAUGGGCUGGUGAGACGGAUCGAUCUGGACCCCCCGAUCAGCUUGAUGGGCACAGUUGAGAUGGAGACUGGAGCACCUCGAUCCAAUCAGAUCCGGCAGACGCAUGUUGCAGACGAGGACCAGGGUACCUGGGUAUAUGUCAAGAAGCAUUCCCACAUGAAGUGUGCCGUUGUUCACUUCCCCAGCAUGGAGAUCCGCGAUGCCGUCCUCGUCAGGGCCACUGCGUCGGCCUUUCGGGAGUUCCCGGGCAUCUCCUUCGACAUGAAGGCUCACCAUGAGAAGAAGGGCAGUGACCAAGUACCAGACGCCAUCUUCGUUGCUUGGAAGACGGAAGAGUCGUCCGCUUCUUCCAUCACUGCUCAGGACUUGAAAGGCUUCUUUGACAGUCAAACUGCGCCCUUGAUGAAUUCAGCACCAUACAGGGGAGCCCAUGUCGCAGACAAGCUGCUUCGCAGCAAAAACGUCACGGGACCACAGAGUGGGACGACCUCAAGUUCUGAGGAAGUCGUGGUGCUCAGGCUCACCCGCAUGGCCAGGUCCCCUCAAGUCAUCGAGCUCUUGCUGCACUCUCCCGCUCUCCAGGCUUGCCGUCGUCGGGUGUUGAAUGCCGGGUAUGACAUCGAACCAGCCUGGGCCAAUGGAGCCAAGAUCUUUGUGCCGGGCAUUCUGCCACACGAGCUGCAGCAGGCGAACCUGACGCUCCGUGAUUGCCAUGUGAUCGUCUACCGCUGUGAUGAGGACUCCAUGCCCUGCCGGGACCGCCCCAAGCUUUCCUAUGAGCAAGACAUGGGCAGACGAAGGCGGCCACGGACGGCCGACAGUGACGAAGUCGUCGAAGUUGUGUGCACUUUGCGCACAAAUUCGAGCUUUGGCCCCAACUCGAACUACCAGUAUGGGUAUUGA